AUGAGGACGUCCGCUCUUUUCGCGCUCAGUGGCUGCGCUGCCACUGCCCUAGCGCAAGUUCAUCUACCGUUCUCCCAUCAACCUCAGCCGAAGGCCAGUAGCAAUGUCGAAACCAAAGACGUGGCGGACCGUCGAUCAGUUUCUGCGACGGAUGUUUACGUGACGGACUGGAAUUAUCUGGUCAACGCCACUGUUGGUACACCGCCACAAGAUAUUUCCUUGAGGGUUUCUGUGCAGGCUGAGCAUACUUGGGUCCCAAACGCCAAGUAUUGCGACUAUUACAACUAUAGCGACUAUUACGAUUCUUCUUCCACCAGGAGCGCCUAUUACCUCGAUUCAUAUUCGUGCAAAUACGGCGCAUUCCAGAGCAACGAGUCAUCCACCUACGUCAACCCCGGCACCGAGGACUUCAGCACCAGGUACUCGGCCGGCCGAGCUAAGGGAGAAUGGAUUAGCGACACACUAGGCGUGGCUGGCAGCCAGAUAUCCAAGAUGGUCAUGGGCUAUGUUCAAUCGGCAGAUGUAUUGAUCGGUGUCCUUGGCCUGGGUUUCAACACCACCGGAAGUGCACAAUCUACCGCGAGCCCGAGCAGUACCUCGAAUUAUCCUACCGUUCCUGAACGCCUCGUACAAGAUGGUCUCAUUAGCUCCCCCGCAUACAGUCUCUGGCUGGACGAUUCAUCCGCCACGUCUGGGAAUCUUUUGCUGGGUGCGAUCGAUACAUCAAAGUUUGAGGGCCCCCUGCUUCGUUUCUCAGUGCGCACAACGGGGUCAUGGUCAACAAGCAGGCGAUUUGACACCUUCAUCACGUCCUUCAAUGGUAUGCUUCUCUCGCCAGAUGCUGCUUUAUCAGUGCUACCCGACGACAUAGCCUUAGAUCUUUGGGCUCUGGCUGGCGCUUCCUGGAAUGAUGACCUCGGCUACGCGAUUAUUCCUUGCACGGAAAACACCACCACGGGUCGCUUGGCUGUGCAGCUGUACGGAUCGGAGGGACCUGUGUUGAAUGUAGCUCUUGCCGACCUCGUGGUGUCUCAAGAUGUUUGGUCCCAUUCGGGGUGGUCUUGGGAGACCGAGUCGGCCUCCGAGUACUGCCUGUUUGGAGUCCAGUCGGAAAAUUCCACAUCGACAUACACGUCUGCUUCCUGUCCAUACUCUUUGGGCAACACAUUCCUCAAACAUUCCUACAUGGUAUUUGACCUAAUCAAUGAAGAGAUUGGCUUUGCGAAGACAAAGUUCAGCAGCACGCAGACGGAAGAUCUGAUUCCGUUCUCAAGCCACGGAGCUCAGAUCCCCGCGUCAACGAGCGUCAUGCCGGAUUGGUGCUCAUCUACCUCAUCUCAAUGUCGAACAGGUGAUUCGGGUUCGGGCUCCGGAGGCGGAUCCUAUGACGGUGGUACAACCUACCUGGGCGAUGGCUAUUACCCCGGACAUCUCCCGCUGGAGGCAAACCUAGCCAUCGGCCUCAGUGUCGGUGUCUUCUGCACUAUGGUCAUGGGUCUGUCUAUCUGGGCCAUCAGACGAGGCCGUCGUAUUAGAAAGGCUCAGAAAGAGCUCGCUGAAAAGCAAGCCGACGUGGAACCCGGUGGCGAGACACAGGUCGGGGCCGCCGAUGAAAAUGCUGGUAACCUGGCUCAAGAAGCCUUGCAUCCUCAACAUCCGCCAGCUGCAGUGACUCGAGAUCCUUCUGUAACAAAUGCAGCUGCAGAGCAACGUGCUACUGGAACUGUGGGAACUGCCAAGUGA